UUCAAGGGGAAAGAGGAAAUGACAUCAGAAACCCACUAUACUUUCACCUCUGUUUGAAAACGGUUUUAGCUAACGUUAGAUUGUAAGAAUAUGCCAUUUGUUUGUGUACUGUUUUAACACAGGACCUACGUUUGAAAAGAAACUCGCUACAUGACGUUUAUUCGUUAAGGAAAGACCAACCCCGAUUAGGCCUUGUGAGUUACAUAAAUGUCUACCUCCUUGCCCCAGAAGGGCCCUAGUCUGGCCAGUAUGCCCUCCCAGCAACAACCUCACAUGCACCCGGGUUCGGGCACUGCUCAACAACCGCCCAUGCCUCCUCAAGGUGCAUUGCGAGAAAUCUCUCCCGUGUAUUUGUGUAGAAUCGGGCAAGAGACCGUCCAGGACAUUGUUAGCCGUACCAUGGAGGUCUUCCAGCUGGCAAGAGCCACUCAGCUGCCGAACGGAGUGACUCAAAGUCAAGCCGCGUAUCAAGAUCGCUCUGGCAAACUGCAGGAGCACCUGCGACAGCUUGCCCUGCUGUUCCGCAAGCUGCGCCUGUUGUAUGAGCGCUGCGUGGAAAUGACUACAGACUUGCAGGAAGCGCCGGGAGAGGUGGGAGUAGCUCGUUUAGUGCCGUAUGCAGGUGAGGAGGUGGCCGCCGUGCGAGUGGAGCCUUGCAGUCCCGCUGUGAGCCAGGAGAGACGAGAGAUGCUGGAGAAGGUGAAGCAGAAGAACCAGGAGAUGAAGGUUCUGAUGGACCAGCUGAGGAACCUCUUGUGGGACGUCAACGCCAUGCUGACACUCCGUUGAUCCCGUCCACUCGGUCUGGCUCCCGUGAUCCGUCCAUUCCAUUUGGGGACGCGCAGUCCGUCCCCACGUCCCUGUACUCUCCGGUUCAAAACGUUUGGUGCUCCUCUAGCAGCCUACAGACACUACAACACAUAAUCUGAUGCACUACGGGGCGGUUUUUAUCUCUGGUUUUCGUUUCUUUAUUCACGUGUGUGACGUGUAACCUUGCCUGUGUUUUCGUUUUUUUUUUGCUUUUUAAUUAAGGAGAACUCUCGGUGUGCACAUGUUCACCUUCCAGUCACCCUCAAGUUCUGAAUAUGGAGUAUAAUCCACCUUAUUAAGUGAACACAUUACCGGAAUUUGUUCCAAAGAAGUCAAGCCUUAAAUGACGCAGAGGAGAUCUUAUUGGAUCCAAAUGGAUCCUGGUUGGCAAGGCAUGAUUGGUCUUCCUGCAUGUUCAAUAUGGCAGCUAUGUUCUCAGGUGCCUAUUAAAUUAAAGUGUGUGUGUGUGUGUGUGUGUGUGUGUGUGUGUGUGUGUGUGUGUGUGUGUGAGAGAGAGAGAGCGAGCGAGCUAACAAGAGUUUACGACUACAUUAUUGGCAUAAGUUGAUAAAGUCUUUACAACAUUUUUGUUUGCCUUGAGGAUAAAAAUAGUCAGACUACAAAAUGUUUUGUACAAUAAGAACUGAGUGAACAGAAACUGAACAAUUAAACUUUUUUUUCUACUUUUUUACUAAAUAAACUGUAGAACAGUU